GACAACGAGCGGAAGGCGGGGUUUGCCAGCUCUACUACAGUAUCUCGAGCUCCUCUUGGCAUCACGCUCCCAACACCACCCGGUGCAGAUAUCACACAUUGAAAGAAAGGAGAAGGGGAAUGGCAGAAAAGGACAACAAGAAAGAAAAUGAGGAAUAUGUCGGGACAAUAAAAGGUGGACUGCGGCCCACGAUGAGACUGGUUGUCAUGGGUAUUGUUAACAAGAAGCCUCAGAGCAUGGUGGUGUCCCUGUCCAGUGAUCCAGUUGAAGAGGACUUUGAGGGAGACGUGGGUUUGCAGGUAAAGGUCAACUUCCUGGCUAAAGCAGUGCAGAGGAACGCCCGUCUGGCUGGGAACUGGGGGACAUCAGAGAACACCUUGUCAUUCUUCCCCUUUGCUGCUGGGGAGCCCUUCAAGAUGGAGAUAGUUUGUGAACACCAGCAGUUCCGUAUCCUGGUGGAUGGCCAGCCCCUGUGUGGCUUCACCCAUCGUCUGUCUCCGCCACUGUCCUCUCUCACCGCCCUGCGAGUCUUUGGAGACCUACGGCUCACUAAGGUAGCAUAACACCAGGAACAGA